CCUACAAACAUCAUGUCCAAGCCGGCCGACCACAUCAAGAGACCCAUGAACGCCUUCAUGGUCUGGUCCCGCGGCCAGCGGCGGAAGAUGGCCCAGGAGAACCCCAAGAUGCACAACUCGGAGAUCAGCAAACGUCUGGGCGCCGAGUGGAAGCUGCUGUCUGAGGCCGAGAAGCGGCCGUACAUCGACGAGGCCAAGCGGCUGCGCGCGCAACACAUGAAGGAACACCCGGACUACAAGUACCGGCCGAGGCGCAAGCCCAAGAACCUGCUGAAGAAGGACCGCUACGUCUUCCCCUUGCCCUAUCUGGCCGGCGACGCCGAGCAGCUGAAGGGUUUGCCCAGCAUGCCGUCGGACGCGCUGCUGGGCCCGGUGGAGAAGGCGGCGGCGGCGCGGGCCUUCCUGCCCCCGACCUCCGCCGCCUCGCCCUAUUCGUCCUUCCUGGACGCGGCGGGCUUCGGCCAGAAGAUGGGCGACAUGCCGCACGCCGCUUUGGCAGCCGCCGCCGCCGGCGUGCCCUACUCGUCGCUAGGCUACCAGGGGGGCGCCUUCGGUUCUCUCGGCUGCCCCACGCAGCACCCUCACCCGCACACGCACACCCACCCGUCGCCCACGAACCCGGGUUACGUGGUGCCGUGUAACUGCAGCGCCUGGUCCGCCGCGUCCAGUUUGCAGCCGCCCGUGGCCUACAUCCUCUUUCCAGGUAUGAGCAAGGGUGCCAUUGACCCCUACUCGUCCGCGCACGCCGCUGCCAUGUAA